UUUGCUAUAUUUCAAAAUGAAUCUUGAAAUUGGGAUGCAGAGAGGUUUUAUGUCAGUCCACCCGAGUCCCAACUGAAGCAACUCACUGUUCUGUUCAAUGAGAUUCUUUUCUUCUAUGGUAAGCCUUCUCAGGAAUUAAUCGCUCCAUCAACCAUCCAAACACAAUGGAAAUUGUCUGAUUCAACAUCCAAACAUCUCGAAAUCAAAGAUCAUGUAGCCGUACCCUCUCCUUCCUCCCGCGGCCGGAGACGCCACCUUCGACCGGCCGAACAACGCCGCUGCCACCACCACCACCACCAUUCAAGUUCACCCAUCGUAGAAUUGCAUAUACUUCUACAGUUGCAUCGUCAUUCCGCUGGGAGAAAAAGGGUCUUAGUGGAAAUGGAAGACACUGAUUUUGUUUCUCAGAAAUUGACCAAAUCGGAAACAACCCAGCAGAUAAAAAACCACCCCAGCUCAUCCGCCCGAGGCGGUGGUUCCAAGAAUACUAGAAAGCACCACCCAACUCCCCCCGCCGCAGGAGAAGGCGGUUCCAGCAAUACUAGAAAGCCCCACCCCCCCCCCCCCGCCGCAGGACAAGUGGCGUUCCGCCUGCUAUGCCACGACCACAGUGCCGGCGGUGUGAUCGGGAGCUCGGGCUCCAUAAUUAAGCAUCUUGAAACUCUAACGGGAUCGAAAAUACGGUUCGAGGAGCGCACUCCAAACUGUCAUGAGCGCGUGAUCAAUAUCGUGGGCGAUGCUGUGGUGGAAAGGAAGAUAUCUGUGGGAAGAAGCGAAAAAUAUGAAAUGGUGGAUGUGUCAAAAGCGCAGGAGGGUUUGAUGAGAGUUUUCGAGAGGGUUUUGGAGGUAGAAGGUAAUGGGGGAAACAAUGAAAAUGAGGAUAAUGAGAAGAAUAGUAAUGGGUUAAUUAGUUGUCGUUUGUUAGCUCCAACGGGUCAAAUUGGGGCCCUGAUAGGAAAAAGAGGGAAGAUUGUUGAUGGGAUUCGGAAGAGAUCGGGGGCAAAGAUUCGGGUUUUGAAGGAGGAGCAGAUUCCUGCUUGUGCAAGCCCCGAAGAGGAGCUGAUUCAGAUUAUGGGUAGUGUUGUGGCUGUAAAGAGAGCAAUGCUUGCUGUUUCUAGUCGUCUUCAGGAUCAAACCCUUGGGGAAAGAGCCCCUGGCCAUAUGUCGUCUAAUAAGGCGUCAUGCAUUUUACAGGCAGACUCUAGUCCAGAACAUAGUCCUAACUCGCCGUCUGUUUUGGAGAGUGUUGUUGAGCACCACUCUGUUGUACAUUCUUUAUCAGCGGAUGUCAACAGAACUCUUCAUCUAGAUGAAGAUAGUUCCCUGAGAAAAGUGGUUUUUAAGUUUCUAUGUCCUAAUAGUAUGGCAGGCGGCGUGAUUGGAAAGGGUGCAAAUAUCGUUAAGUUUCUGGAGAAAGAAACUGGGGCUUCCAUAAAGUUUGCAUCACCAGUGUCUAGGUCAAAGGAGCGUGUUGCCAUUAUUUCUUCUUUGGAGAAUCCAGAUCCAUUGUACUCUCCAGCACAAAUUGCUGCUGUUCGUGUUUUUUCCAGAUGCAUAGAAGUUGGCCUUGACAAGGGGGUAUUAUCAAGCUUAGGUAAUAAGGAGAAUGUGGUGGCAAGAAUUCUUGUUGCAUCAGAUCAGGCUGGCUGCUUAUUGGAUGAAGGUGGAAGGAUUGCUUCAGAUAUAAGUAUCACAUCAGGUGUUGACAUACAAUUAAUGAGAGCAGAUCUUCUUCCAAAUCGUGCUGGAGCAGACGAUAAUGUGGUUCAGAUUACGGGUAACUAUGAAAAUGUUAAGAGCGCUCUAUUUCAAGUUACUGGAAGACUCAGGCAGAACCUCUUUUCUGGAGCUGUACCAAAAGGAGCAGACUGGACGCAUGGUUCAUACUCGGCUAUUCCUAGCAGCAGCCCUGAUGGUAGAGAUGCAGGUUCUUCGGCUCAACUGGUACAAUUGUCAAGACUUUCUUAUAUUCGUCAACUGGAUCACCUUGGGUUUGUACAGAAGUCAACCAGUUCUUACCAACCUGGAUCGCAGUUGGGACAGGCAAAUAGCAUAAAUAGUAUCCCAAAACCUGUAGAUGGUGCUCAUGGCUCGACAACUUUUCCAAGUGGGCUUAAGCAGGAAAGUAAUGUUGGAAACAAGGAACCAAAAGAAACGGUGGAGGUUGUGGUCCCAGGAGAAGUGUUUGGCUUUGUAUAUGGUGAGAACUGCAGUAACCUGGAUCGCUUAAAAGAGAUAUCCGGUGCAACUAUCGUGCUGCAAGAUCCUUCCCCUGGAGAAAGUAGCGGGAAGGUGAUUAUAUCUGGGACGCCCGGGCGUAUCCAGAUUGCACAGAGCUUACUUCAAGCUUUCAUUUCAUUUUAAUCACGCUGUGUGAUCACUCUAAGGAUUAAUUUUCCUGUGCCGUAAAUAGUCAGCAGUAUGCUUCACAACCAGUAACUAAAGUUCAACGCCAUGUCGAAUGAAGCCUACAGUUAAUGUAAGAGUUGAGGUUUUGUUGUCAUGGUAGAUCAGUGUAUUUUCCAUGUGAAUAUCCUUGUCAAUAUCUGAACAAUUCUUAGAAUAUAUACUCUUGAUGUAUUUCAAUUGUAAUCAUUGUAACUGAUUGUGGCAAUGUGGAUAAAGCUCAUCCAUCUUCAA